ACCCGAGUAAAUUUGAUAGCUGUGCCCCCAUCAGUACUAUAGAUAGAUAGAUAGAUAGAUGUUCAGCAAAGACGCCAUACUGGUACGAGUUAGCGUUUAAUGGCCUGUUUACCAUUGUUUAUAUGCUGGCAAUGUUGUUGUAAAUAUUGAAGUUACGUGAGCUUGUACGACGACUUGCUAAAUAUAUGCCUUGUUGGCCUGCUUACACCGCAGUCUCUCUCUAACCAACCAUGCAGUGGUGUAUUCAACGUUAUCUACAAGGAUGUAAAAUUUCAGAAUCUCUUCCAAACUUUCAACACUUGACAUAACAUACUGUACAGUAUGUAGCAGUGGCGUCACCUACAGGGUUUGGGAGACUUAACGUAUGAAUGACUCAUCAGAGGAUGCCACCUACAGCACAAGGCCACACUGAUAUAAAGCCAGGAGGCGAAGUGAUUCUCAUUCAGUCUCAACUGAGCAGGAGAUAAGUGCAGUGCAUCUCACCAAUACCACACAGUGUUGUGACGCUACACCACACAGUGUUGUGACGCUACACCACACAGUGUUGUGACGCUACACCACACAGUGUUGUGACGCUACACCACACAGUGUUGUGACGCUACACCAUCCAGUGUUGUGACGCUACACCACACAGUGUUGUGACGCUACACCACACAGUAUUGUGACGCUACACCACACAGUGUUGUGACGCUCCACUACCCAGUGCUGUGACGCUCCACUACCCAGUGUUGUGACGCUACACCACACAGUGUUGUGACGCUACACCACACAGUGUUGUGACGCUACACCACCCAGUGUUGUGACGCUACACCACACAGUGUUGUGACGCUACACCACACAGUGUUGUGACGCUACACCACACAGUGUUGUGACGCUACACCAAACAGCGUUGUGACGCUCCACCACAUAGUGUUGUGACGCUCCACCACUUGUUCCUCUACACCUACGCCAUAUCUCCGAAUCUACGAAGACUACACAGUUGGCGCCACUGUUCACAAACACACGUGUCCUCCAGAAGAAAGUCAUUAAAGUCGCUAGCUAUGGAACACAAGCGACGUCGUUGUUUGUCCUUGAUGGCGCAGAUGCUAAUAAGAUGGCAAAAUGUGGCGUUGUCUUCGCGGCCAAGCAACCUCCUAUAUACCCUGGGAGUAUGCACACUAAUCUUUUCCGUUGAAGCGAGUCCGCUCUCCUGGGAUGAGCUCUCAUCCGUCAGCCGGGAGGCGACAGGGGCGUACAAACGUGAUUUCGGUGGAGACUGUUCAAGACUAUCGCUUGUGUCACGUGAAGAAUGGGAAGCCCGCGAGCCUGUGCUCAUCACCCCGUUAAACCUACCAAUGAGAGGGGUGUUUGUCCACCACUCGGCCAUGGCCUUCUGUGAGACGACAGAGGAAUGUGUGGCCGAGUUGAAGAUAAUACAAGCUCUACAUAUGGACACUAAUUGUUGGGAUGAUAUCGGCUACAGCUUUCUGGUUGGUGAAAAUGGUAAAGUGUACGAAGGCCGAGGCUGGGACAGACAAGGUGCUCACACCAAGUAUUAUAACCGAGCAAACUACGGCAUCUGUGUGAUGGGCAACUUCGAAGAAAGACUACCCAACGAAAAGGCACUCACGGCUCUGAAGGAUAUCAUGGACUGCGGAGUGAAGGAGGGGAAACUAAUAGAGGACUUUAAGAUGUUCGGCCACAGAGAUGCGAGAAAUACCACUGCGUGUCCUGGACAGAAGCUGUAUGAAAACCUACAGACAUGGAGUAUUUACGGGCAUGACAAGAACAUGCCCAAGUAAAGCCCAAGGUCUGAAGAAUCUUGGUAAAGCUGAGCAACACCAGGCCUAAUAAUGUACAUGCGGCCAAACAUAAACCUUAAAAGUUUAAGAAUGAAAUCAAUAGAAGUUGAAGCAUGAUACGUUUAAGUAAGACGUUUAUUAUGUUGGGAACCACGUGGUGACUUUUGUGUUGGCAGCCUUGUAAUGACUUGUUGGUGGUCCUGUAAUGACUUGUGUUAGUAGCCCUGUAAUGUCUUGUGAUGGCAGCCCUGUAAUGACUUGUGUUGGCAGCCAUGUGAUGACUUGUAUUGGCAGUCCUGUAAUGACUUGUGUUGGCAGUCCUGUAAUGACUUGUGUUGGCAGCCAUGUGAUGACUUGUGUUGGCAGCCAUGUGAUGACUUGUAUUGGCAGUCCUGUAAUGACUUGUGUUGGCAGCCCUGUAUGACUCCACUCUGAGAAUUUGUGACGGUUUUUUGACCAAUCACACAAUCAUAUAAUGUGUGUGUGUGUGUGUUACACCACCGAUAAAUUCCAUGUAUGGAUACAGUACAAUACAGUAUAAAGAAAUAAACCUUGUUCAGGAGAACUUGUACAAGACUGUUGGAACAUACUUAUUUGAUACAGGGUUGUAUUGUAUUACAUUCCAUUUUAAACUACAUACAGUACCAUUAAAUGAUACAGUAUUAUAAUAUAGAUGGCUAUACAGUAUUAUGAUUAAUAUAAACAGUUGUUAUGUGUUAAUGUAACAUAUCAAUCAAAAAAAUAUUUAUUUAUUUAUUUAUUCUUAGUGUAGUAAGUACAGCAAUAUAACUAAAAAUGUGUUUGUCUUGUGUACAUAGCGAGAUUAUGUUGUAAACUGCAAGAACUUUUUUUUUCUACUAUUUAUUGUAAAUUUUGCAAGAUUUUUUAGAAAAUUUUUGUCAUAUUUUCUCUACUUCAAACAUAACUCACUACAUAUUUUUCUUUUUUGUAAACCUCAUGACAAACUAAACAUAAGGGAAAAUUUUUACAUGCUAACAUACUGUAAAACCUUAACAACAAAUUGCCUCUCAGUUCACUAUACAGUACUUGUUCGAUGUUUACUGUUUAUAAGCAUGUUAGGAUUAUGUACAGUACAGUAGAUCCUUUGCCAUUUGCGAAGGAUAGGUUCCAAGAAGUGGCGCAAAUUGGCAAAAUCGCGAAUGACAACUUAUACUACCUCUUUUAACUUAUCUAAUAAUAAAACUUUCUUUGUCAAGGUCAUCACUGAUUUCUGCCUUUUACAUUCCAUUCCACUAGCAUCACUAGCACUGGCACUAGGCAGUCUUUUAGGGGCCAUUUCACACAGAAACACUAAAGUUUGGAGAGUGCAACAAGAGAUGCUGUGCGGGGUGACUCGUUGUGCUGCGGGAAAAGGCUUGCAAACUAGCCACCAUCUGCAUAAACCGAAUCGUUGAAAUCACACACUCGUGAAUGGCAAGGGUCUACUGUACUGUAUUCAAAUUGAUGAUAACUAUGAUAUGUAGUUAAACAUAAAUUAUCAAUAAAAGUGAUGUUUACAAUCCUA